AGCCAACAGUGAGGCGACAGAGCGGAGGUGACAGCGGAGAAUGGAGAGGUGCCCGUCCGCCCGGCGAGCUUUGACCGCGGCGAGCGAGGAGAACCGAGUCGGCCCUUUCCCUUUGGAGCGAGAGUGCUGAACGAAACCGGGAGGAAUUAACUGGGCGCAAGGGGAAAGGAAUGGCUGAUCCUCUGCGGAGGACUUUACUAGCGAAACUCCGGGGGAAGAAAUCCAAGAAAGGAGCGACGGCCGGCUGUGGAUACGGCUCUCCAGCUACUGCUGCUGCUGCGGCGGCGAAUGGGGGCCGAGAAGGUAAAGAAAAAGUUUUGCAAAAGCAGCGAGACUUCGAGGCUGGUUCGGUAGUCCUGCUCACAGGGCUGGAUUACACGGCAGAGAGAAUGAGUACUUACGAGAACUGUGUUGAAGGGUCGGUGGUAGAAAUAGGAGGGUUUAUAGUACGGGACAGUCGCGCUGCGCUGGCCGGCGCAUGUCCCCAGGAGCGGGCCAGCGGGGGCAGGGGUCGGGUUAAUGAGGAGCUCUUGGGGGUCUCACUUCAAAGAGGCAGGCAGUUUGGUGGACAUGCGGUCGGGGAGAGCGAUAGAAGCCACCAGGGGCCACGAUCCGCCGGUAAAGUCUCGCUACCGGCGGGGGGCCCGGUUGCAGGAGCGCAUGCCCAGAGAAAACACUUGGUCCCCGUCCCGCGGCAGUGCAGAGUCGGAGAUUCAAUCGGGUUUGGGGACAGUUGUAAUCACGUUUUAUUCCGCACACGGGUAGAGCCGCAUAGCUGGGUCGUUAAGCAGACAGAGUGUCGCGUUGCUGCUGGUGAUAGUAACGGGACAAAAAUGUGCCUCGGCAGAGAUGGGACAGAUCCCCGUUUGGGACACCGGCACAUGGCAGGGAAUGUGGUGGCUGUUAAUGAACACACGCAUAACGCCAAUUUGGGUUUUGACAGCAAUCCAGCGCUGGAGGAAAAAUUGCCAGCUUGCGCGACGCUCGUGUAUCCCAACUGUAUCUCCUCCAACACAGAGGAAAACAUUUUAAUCAGAAAUAUCGAGAGCUAUGGGAGCUCGCCCGAGUGUGCAGGGGACAUCAGGGGGAACGGUCUGCAAAGCCCGACGUUUUUCCCCACAGAGUUAGAGAUAUGCGACAUAAACAUGACAUCCCUGUGCGCCAGAGAGGGGUCACUUAGGUACCACUCUUUAGACAGUGAAGAUGAGGAUUACUAUGAUAAUGAGAUUCUGCCUUUUUAUGAAACUGUAAGAGCGAAAAGUGACAGUGACAGCAAAGUGGAGGUGACAGAGCUGACCCAGCCUGGGCAGGAUAAGGGACAAGUCGGUGACAGUAACAGUGCCCAAGAAACAGACAGGCUCAGGAGCCAGCUGAAAGAGGCUUACUACCUUCUCAUUAAUGCCAUGCAUGAUAUCAACCUGGAUGUCCAGCAGCUUAGUGGUGGUUUAAUUGAGCAGCAGACCACCUCGUCUUGCAGUAGCCACUCCCGGGAUAGCUUGUGCUCCAGGUUGUCUGCCAAGAAUAUGGAUAGUGACUCUUGGUCCUCAGGAGGCGACCACAGUGCUCAGCAGGUGUCUGACACGGACUCACUCCUGCUGUGCCUCAGUGGGAACCUCGAGUCGUGUGUCAGAGGCCGGCUGAACAGUAAGAGCAUGCUAAACCUGUCUUUUACAAAGAUAAGACCCGCUUUGGUGCGCUCUGCUAGUGACGGAGCUAUCAGGUAUCUUGGUGGGCCCUCGCUGUGUGUAGAGGCCUCCGGAGCGCAGAGCCCAGAAAUCUGUGAAGGGACCAAAGAGGCUAAUGAGGCAAAAGGGGCCAAAGUCCCAGGAGUGUGUGAGCUGUCAGGCCCUCAGGCCGUUUAUGAUGCUGCCAGCAGUGAGGAGCUGCUGCAGGACACUGGUGGUGAGGAUGACCGUGGCAGCCGGCUCCACGAGAGCAGCGGCUCGGUCAACAGCCUCACAGGUUCUUCAGACAAUACUGAUGCAUCCACCGUUCAGGGUCACAAUAACAAGCAGAAGCAGAGUGGAACCUGGGCACAGGGGGCCACUGGCAACUCUGUCAACAAGAGCCACGGCGUCACCGUCAACAAGAUGCAGGAGUGGAUGCACAAGGGCCGCCUGCUGUCUUCUGAGAUGAAGCAGCGCAUUGAGGGCUCUUCAUCCUCUUUGCCCCGCGGAGGUCGAGGCCAGGACAGACCUUGUCCUCCUCAGGCUGACCCCGGGGCGUGUAAAGCAGGGGCCCAGACCUCCAGCCGCGGGGCUCGAGGGGUAAAAUGUGCCAAGUCCAAGUCACUGAGCCCAAUCCGUGGAGGGAAACCUGGCACCAAGUCACCACGGCAGUCCACUUCGUCAGCGCAGCAGCCAGCUUUCACAGAGAAUGUCCAGGGCUCCUGUGCUAACAGCCGAGAGGUGGGUAGGACGAUCGAGCCAUCACUGUGGCGACCGCCGCUCAACACCAUCACCGUCUCCAAGAAACGUAACUGGCUGCAGCAGAGCUCCCUUGGGAAGAUCCAUGGCGCCAAGGACGAGCCCCAGGGAACGCUGGCACCUGAGGAGGAGAGCAGCCAGGUCCCCCAUCAGCCUCCUCCUCCUUCCAGCCCCUCCCCAGACCACCUGAGACCCCCCGGGGGAGCCCCCUCUCGGCCACUUCGCUUGCACCUGCCUCAGGUUAGUGUGGGUCAGACCAGGGUGGCCCCUCAGCCUCGGUGUGUGGACCCAGCUGAGGAGAACGAUGCAGACGAUGAAGGCGAGAUCUGGUACAACCCGAUCCCUGAGGAUGAUGAACCAGAGAUGUCCCACAGAUCGGCUGUCAGACUGCUGGUCCCACCGCGACGGGAGCCUCAGGCGCCCCAGAGGAGGCCCAGCAGGGGAGGGGAUGUCGGACAAGGUGGCCGAGCCCCGGAGGGCCCCUGCAGUGCUGUGCCAGAGGCGCCGGGGGAAAGCCUGGGUGGUGGCGGCAGCGUGGGCGGGGGCAGUGGAGGAGACGGGAGUCAGGGCAAUGCCGUACAUUCCACAGAGGCACUACAUCUGCACAGGCAGAUGCUCGCGUGCAAACCUCAGGAGGAGGGGGGGCCUUCCGCCAGCAGACUCGCAGUAGAUGGUCCUGACCUGCCCAAUGCAGUUGGCUUCUCCCCUCCCUCCAGCCCAAACCCCACCAAGAAGGCCAGCUCUAUCAACUGGUCCUUCCCAGACAAGAUCAAGUCUCCUCGCACCGUCAGGAAAAUCUCCAUGAAGAUGAAGAGGCUUCCGGAGCUCAGUCGGAAACUCAGUGUGAAGGGGACCCCGAGCAGCAGCAAUAGCAAUAACGGCAAUGGAAGCAGCCAGUCAGAGCCCAAAACCAAUAGUAGUGGGCCAGAGGCUGGCUCACACCUCUCAGGCCCUCCAAGGUUGUCUGCAUCUGGAGGAGGGCAGGUGGCAGCAGCUAGCCGCAACGUGAUCUCACGCUACCACCUGGACAGCAGCGUUUCCACCCAGCACAGCUUCAGCAAGAAGAAAAGUAAUGGCGGCUCGAAGUCCGCCAGUAAAGGUGGCUACCUUAGUGAUGGGGACUCACCAGAACUGGUGGCUAAAUCUGGGAAGCACAGCUCUGCGGAAGGGAAGGGAGGGAAAGGGAAGGAGACAGCUCCUGGAAAUGGUGCUGAGAGGACAGGGGGAGGAGGUGCAGGAGGAGGAGGCGUUAGUGGAGGAGGAAGCCCCAAACUCCAUGGCACGGAGUUAGACAUUGAUGCCUUCCGUCAUUAUAGCUUCACAGAGCAGCCCAAGUGUAGCCAGUACAUCUCUGGACUGAUGAGCCUGCAUUUCUAUGGCGCCGAGGACCUCAAACCGCCACGCAUCGACUCUCGUGACGUCUACUGUGCCAUCCAGGUGGACUCGGUUAACAAAGCGCGAACUGCACUCCUCACCUGUCGAACCACCUUCCUGGACAUGGACCACACCUUCAACAUCGAACUGGAAAACGCCCAGCACCUGAAGCUGGUGGUGUUCAGCUGGGAGCCAACGCCGAGACGCAACCGUGUCUGCUGCCACGGCACGGUGGUUUUACCUGCCCUCUUCCGGGUGACACGCUCCCAUCAGCUGGCGGUAAAGCUGGAGCCACGGGGACUGAUCUACGUCAAGCUGAGUCUGAUGGAGCAGUGGCAGAAUUCGCUGGAUGGGGGGCCGGAUGCCGACAGGGAGCCCCAGGUAUUUGGGGUGGAAGCCUGGCGGGUGGUGGAGAGGGAGAACACGGGACUCAUGGUGCCGCUGCUCAUAGAAAAGUGCAUCACUGAGAUUGAGAAGAGAGGCUGCCAGGUGGUGGGUCUGUACCGUCUGUGUGGCUCUGCGGCCGUAAAGAAGGAGCUACGAGAGGCGUUUGAGAGAGACAGCCAUGCCGUGGAGCUGUGUGAAAACACUUACCCCGACAUCAACGUCAUCACAGGCGUAUUGAAGGACUACCUGCGAGAGCUGCCCUACCCUCUGAUCACCAAGCAGCUGUAUGAGGCCGUGCUGGAGUCCAUGGCCAGGAGGCCUCUGCGGAUGGGGGCGACGGGCUGCGAGAACGACCAGGCCGACUCCGAGCACACCGUCAGCCUGCUGGACAACCUGCCCGAAGUGGAGAGGGUGACACUGCGGAAGCUUCUGGACCACUUGAAGCUGGUGGCGUCCCACCAGGAAGUGAAUAAGAUGACGUGUCAGAACCUGGCGGUGUGUUUUGGCCCGGUGCUGCUCAGCCAGCGCCAGGAGGCGUCCUGCCACACCAACCGAGUGUUCAUCGACUCCGAGGAGCUGGCCAGCGCCCUGCACUUCAAAAAGCACAUCGAAGUCCUGCACUACCUGCUGCAGCUCUGGCCAGUUGUGGACCCACAUGGCCAGUCCUCUGCAAACACCCCCGUGGCCCCUGUGGCCCCAUCGUCAUCUGAUCUACUGGCCGUCCUCCCUCUGCGGCGGAGAAAAGAGCGCCCCCAGGUGUUGAACCUGACUGAUGCGGAGAUGGCGGGCGUCCUGAGGCCCAAACCGGGACGCCUGGACAGCCCCAGUAACCGCUAUGCGGGCGACUGGAGUGGGUGUGGAGAGAGCUACUUCCCUCCCGAGCUGCUGCUGCCUCCCAGUAAAGAGGAGGCGGACUACGAUGAUGUGCCCUCUGAGGACAUGGAGCCGGCCGAGGAGGCGCAGGAGAAAUCGGAGGACAGGGGACAGGAGAAAGGAGCGGAAAGAGGACCAGAUCAAGGGCAGGACGUCCCGACUCCUGCGCCAGCUCCGACCGAGCAGGAGCGACUCUCGGGAGAGGCGGUUGAGACUCAGAUGGAAGAGGAAGAGGUGAAAGAGGGUGAGGAAGAAGACGAGGAGCAUCAGGAGGAGGUGGAGAGCGACGGUUCAGGCAACGGUCAGCCGUCGGAGGAGGAGGAGAGGAUGUGCGAGCACAUCUUGCCCCCGCGCCUCCCCAAAGAGCACACGUAUCAGGCCUACAUGAAGAUCCAGGACAUUAGCCCUGUGCUCAGCAACAGGGUGAACCUGAGGGACCUGCAGGAGAGCAUAGACACCCUGAUAGGAAACCUAGAGAGGGAGCUCAAUAAGAACAAGCUCAAUGUUGGAUAUUGACCGCACUCGCACACACACACACACACACACACACACACACACACACACACUCUCACACACACACACACACUAAGCCCGAUAAGGCAAGAGUUGGGGAGGGGGGGUUGAGAACUGACUUUACCAAUCAAGGUGCUUCAGGAUACAGCCACAGCGACUCCACGGAGAUCCUGUGAUGAUGACGUCAUGGCAACGUGGCGCGCGGUGCUGUGUGUGUAAAUCUAAUGGAUGAGAUGAGAAGAAAUGUAACGGGGCACUUCUGGCGUUUUGUGUCAGUGUCAUUUUUUUUACCUUACCCAUAGACAUUCCGCAGUGUUUUCCUUUGAUUUUUUUUUGUCGACUGUCUUACUGUAUGUUGUUGUUAAUCGUCAUUGCUGUUGGUCUGUUUCGGUCCGGUUCUGUGUUCCAUGUUGUUAUUGUUGCUUCUCUUCUUAUUAGAAGAACCCAUUGACCCCCAGGGGUGUAAAAGGUGCCUUAAUUGUGUGAAGGUGGUACUUCAAGGGAAAAAUGCACACUGAAACACAAUGCAUGUAUGUCUCUCCUAUGAUCUUGGACAGUUCAGGCGGCCCGACCUCAAACCUCUAAUGUGAUGAAGAGUGAAAUCCUGGACCUCCUCCAUUACCAGUGAUUUGGAGAUUAUGUGCAUUUGAGAAACACAGAAUACUUGGUGAAUGGAUGAUUUUAGAUCUAAAUAAGCUAUAGUUUAUGUGUACAAAUCAGGAAAACACCCUGAGUACUGCUGGGUGUGAUGAAAAGUGUUUGUGUGGAUGUGCAAUGACUUAAAAUCUGACCAUUGCCCUGCCAAAAAAUUCCAAGUAUUCAGUGUUUCCCCGUAAUUUAAACUUGGCGCAGGAAAGCUUCUCAAACAGCGUUUGGACCGUGGGAGACUGAAACGCUUCACCACAUCUGACAGAGAUGUAGUAGGUCUUUAAGUGAAUAACAAAUUUAUAAAAACAGAAUUUAACAAUUACUAGAUAGACACAAACUUAAUUUUCCCCAAGGGGAAAUUGUUUGUGCAAGAAAACAAAAAUCCCAUACUAAUCUUUAUCGAGUUUGUGAGGAGCUGUGGUCGUGCAGCAAAUUUGGUUGGUGACAUUAUAGGCUCAUAUUCCAUAUUUAAAACGGUUGAGCUGAAAGCUGGUCUCUUUUUCAUUGUGAAAGGGGGAAACCCAAGGAUUUUGGUUCUCAGUGGCAGGCUGUCUGGAGAGUCUCGAGCUUGUAAACUUUGUGUUCUCAUAUCCAGACCGGGUCAUUGUAGGAGUAACAUAUGUAAAUUCUGUUUUAGGGCGGAUUUCCCCUUUAAGGCAGCAGAGAGCUUUUCUAUUGAGGUACAAAACACUAAAUGUUGUACAACAAUAAUGCACUUAUGAGGCAGGCAGUAGUGUAGAUAUAGUAGUACAUGCAGUAAUACUUGGCUGCAACUAGCCCACUGAAACCUCCUCUCAAGGCACAGAGCCAUGCAAGGCUCUGCUGGAGCCUGGGACAUGAAAACACACACACACACACACACACACGCAUGCACAUGCACACACAUACAUACAUAUAUACAGGAGUUUUUUCUAUAUAUGAAUGAAUAUGGAUGCAACAAUUCAUUUAGUUCACAUUGAGCUCAAAUUAUACAAGGUUCUAUAAUGCUUGCAUGGCUACACACACACACACACACACACACACACACACACACACACACAUACAUACACACACACACACCUGCUCGAAUUGGAUGCAAGAUAAGUGUGAUGACACUCUUAUCUCGGCUAGCACAAAGGUGUACAGUAGACGUGUAUUUGAUCUUACGCAGGUGACUAAAAAGAGAGAAUGUGUUUCAUCUGGCAUCAUAUUCAGUCAAUAAAAGUUGAAAAGGCUUAAAAACCCGCCGAUAUCUCCUCCCAGCUGCCCACUUUUUGGCAGAGCAUCAAACAAGUGAAAGAGACAAAGCCAAAUGUGAAACACAAAUUGCAGAGCAGCAUCGACAUGAUUACUGGAGGGGUUUUGGUUAGUAUGAUUUAGUUGCCUAUGCCUAAAUAGACAAAGUACGUUUUCAGCGAUCCAGGGAUUCAGAAUGAUCAGUAUUUAACAUAUAUAUAUAUAUAUAUAUAUAUAUAUAUAUAUAUAUAUAUAUAUAUAUACAUAUAUAUACAUAUUAUUCGGAGUAUAUUAUUUUUUGCAGCUUAUGUUUCAAUGGCGUAUUUAAAUACUUCUGAUGACCUCGUAGUGUUGACUUGUAGUAACAGUCGCUUUCUUCCCUUCGAGCUACCUGUACACAUCUUAAUGUGCUGGACUAAUGGUACAACCUUAGCUGUAAAAUAUAUGAUAAAAUGUGUUCUUGCAGAAAGAGUGAUAUUGUUAUUUUUGUUAUAAUUGUGUACAUAUUUGACAUUGUUAUUUUGUCUCUGGUGGACUAAGCUGUGUUCAUAAUUUUGGUGUUUUGUUUUUUUUUUUUGUUUGUUUGUUUUUUUAGGUACUGAACGUUGCAUGGUCAAAAGCUUUACUGACAUAAACAAGAAAUAUUUCUCAUCUGCCUUGGUAUUUGAUAUUUAUGUGUAUAGAGACUAUGUAUUUUGUAUUGUAUCCUCAUUUGUUCACCCUGUCGCUCCAAUAGACAGAUGACUGCAUUGUUCAAGCUUUCCUCCAGAGGACUAAAAGGCAGACACUGAUUCAGUUUGCUGCAGUUCCCUGAGGCACUGGACUAUCUGAUAGGGACAGUUUCUGACUGUCUGUACGCAAGAGUUUGUGGUGUUGUGGCUCUAGACCUCCGUCAUGCACAGGCGCAGUCCAAAGUGAGCUAGAAUGUCUUCAUUCAUAUACGUUUUUGUAUGAAAGAAAUAUAUAUCUAUAUAUAUGUACACCAUAAUCUCAAUAAAACAGGGCCAAAUAUCGCCAAGCCGCUAAAACGUUGCAAGAAAUAUUCAUCUUAUCUGUGCAGUCAUCCUAUUUCUCUUACAACUAGAGAAAUUUAUAUUGUUUUUGUAAAUAGUAGACUGUUGUGAUAUGAAUAGGUAACAAGAAAAAUAAGUCAUCAAGGCGGACUAUGAAACUAAGUGACUCGGUAAGAUGGACAUUUUUUGCAGCAAAUGCACUUGGCCGUGUUCAAGUGCUCUUUUGUGUAUUUUCUUGAGCCCCUCCACCCCUCCCCACCCCCCUAUAAUAUCUGUGCAUGGUCCUGCUUCACGGUCUAGCUGUCACUUGUGCCGUCUCGCUCUCAGAGGGGCUGGUGGUGAAAGUGAAUUUCAGCAGGGCUCCUUUUAAACCAUCUGUCUGCCCGGUCACUGGGAGGGCAGGACAAAGAACAGCCCAGGGCCUCAUUCACACAAACCCACUUGGAAUUUCAUCUUCAACUCGAUCUUAUUUUGAUCUUUCUUUUUUUUUUUCUUACACUUGAAGAUCAUUUAAAGAUUGUUUUUGCCUCGGAAUGUUGUUUGGAUUUCAGUCCAGACAACUUGG